AUUUUGGCUGACAAGCAAGAACACACAGCACAAAGCAUCCACUCUCAGUUUUGACAUUUAUACAUAAAUGGAAGCUCAGAAUAUCUUUUUCUGAUUUUUGCUCAUUCGGAUAUAGCAUUUGGAGUGGCGAGUCGUAUCAUCAGAAUGAUGUCAAAUGUCAUGGAUUUAGCAGUGGAUGUAUGUCCAACUGAGGAUGCUCUUGGUGCCUUGUUAGAGUACCUGGUUGAUCCAAAGCUACCUUCAGAAUCUGCUGCAAGGACCACUCCAACACAACUUGAGCAGGAAUUAAUUGGAAAACAGGUUCAUGCUGUUGUAUUAGUCUACAACUAUUACUACCGGAAGCAGCACCCGCAUAUAGAGUUUCUAGGUUUUGAGAACUUCUGCAAAUUAGUUGUAAUUCUGAGACCUACUUUAAUGGUAUAUCUGAAAUUAAUGCAACUUUCCAAUGAGACUGAGCUGGACGACCUGGUAAAAGACCUUUCAGUGGCCGAGAACAUGAUAAUGAAUGCAUGUGAUAUUUCAACAAGCCUAGAUGCAUCAAAAAAUGCUCCAAGCACUGAGGGAUUGCCAAUUUCCAAGGUUGCAGUUUUGCUUACAGACUCCAAGAACAAGAAUUGCUUGCUGAAAUUUGGUUCCAUCACUGAAGGAGUUUGGUCUCUGAUAGAGAAAGAUGUGGAUCUCUCCUAUAAAACUUCCUUGGUUUCAAUUAACCCGGAGCCUGUAAGCAAGAAGAAAAGAUUUAUUAAAAAACCUGUGAAAAAUGGGCCAGAUGCUGAUGAUGCUGGCCUUCAGAAACUUGCAUAUUCUGUAGUCAAGGAAAUUACAGGUAUUAAUCAGGAUGCCCUUUUGAUUUUGGAGAGCCAUGUUGUGUAUUCCACAAGCAAAGAAAAAGCAGCUACACGCUUUUAUAUAAUGCAGUGCACCCAACCAGAAAACAAUGAAAUUACCCAAGUUCUCAUUAGAGAUGCUCUGAACAGUUUGCAGGGUCCUCUGUUUGUACGAAAUUCUAGCCAAUGGAUGCAUACCUCAGUUGUGGAAUACUUCCAUUUGCUUCCUUAUGCUAAAAUUCUCUUAGAUUGGCUUUCCGGUAGGGAGUCCGGUAAUCCGCAAGUUCAAAAAUCAGGGCCAGAAACCAUCAGUAUCGACUCUUCCAAGAGAGUAGAUAGACCUUGUUUUCUCGAAGCUCCAAAAAGUUCGCAUGGAGAGCAUCUACAAAGCAAGGAAGGAUCUGGAUCAACAAAGCAGUAUGAUGAUGAUGGACCUUAUGCUGUUGAUUUUCCUGAAGAUUGUGAUACAUCCUGCAAAAUGGAUGUAGAUGAAUCUCUUGUGGUUCAUGACCGAACUAAGGUCAAAGGCACAAAUGGUGUUAAGAUGGCAAGCUCUUUGAAGAGGCAGAAAAUUACCAGAGAUGGACCUGCUGCCAAUGGAAACAAGAACUGCAAAAAGUCCUCUUCAGAUCAAGAUGGGGUAGCAUUAAAUGGCAAUGUGAUGGUUAAAAAUCAUUCAAAAUCCAAUGACCUUGACAAAAUACGAAGUGUCAUAGCUUCAAAAGAUAAGGAACUUUCGCAGGCUGCGGUGAAAGUUAUCUUAAGCAAAAGAGCUAAAUUGUGUUUACAGCUGCGAGAUAUAGAAGAUCAGAUUGCUCAGUGUGAUCAAAAUAUCAAGAUAAUUUCGAAUGGUGGAGAAGGUGAUUUGGUCCUUAAAAUAGAAACUCUUAUAGAAUGCUGUAAUGACAAAUUCCUAAGAAUUCCACCCCAAGAAAUUCAACAUUGCAACGAUCAAUACUCUACUCCAUCAAUAGAAAGUACUAGAUUGCCUGCCAAUGGGACCAAGAAGCAAAAUCCAUGUCAGGAACUGGAUGAGUUAUGCUAUCAAAAGAAUUGGAUACUACCAACAUACCGUGUAUCUGCUCUAGAUGGUGGAUUUGAAGCUGGUGUAACUGUGAAAGGAAAAGAUGAUGAGUACUCAGCUGGUGGUGAUGUGCAAUGCCAUCCACAUGAAGCAAGAGAAUCAGCUGCUAAGCAGAUGCUGUAUAAAUUGCAAACUUGUCAACUUCCAGCAGACAUCUGAGGUUCAGACAUGAAGAAUCUCAAUUUUUGGACAGUGGAUUUAGGACCAUUAGUAAUAUCACAAAAAAUAGAUUACGAAACUAUUAGCUUGAUAUUAAGUUGUUUCUCCUAAUCCCCAAAAAGAUAGAUGAAGGGGAAGGGGAAGAAAAAAGAAAUCAUAGUUUAACCAGCUCAGCUUAACCUGUCACUGGCCAAGCGCCAUACUUGUCUAAACUAAUAGACACUUUACUACUUGAAAAGAAAUUAAAAUUUGGAUUAAAUUAA